UUUCUCGCCUGUCUUUCAUUAUUAUUUUGGCUACUCGUUUGUGUAUUUUCUGUGCAGUGCCAGUCAGUAGUGCGAAGCGGUUGAAUGCGAAGAAUCGUGGGACGAAUGGACCUGUCGGUUGGCGAGACGACGGGUGUUGGUAGCGCUCCAGUAACUCUUCCCGGGGGCAAGCAAGAGCAAGAAGUGAACUCGCCAGCAGCUUUUUCCGGAUGUUUUUAGACGUAUAGAUUGUUCACUGCGAUUGUGGAUUAUGAAAAAUGUCCUGAGUUGCAGCAGUCAGUUUUCGGACCAUUUUCUGCAUAAAAAACAACGAUAAUCACAUGUGAACGCCGAUAAAGGAUCGAUGCUCGAAGCUCCCGUAGUCAUCGCUGGCAGUAUGAAAUGUUGUGUGUAAACAUUGGCAGAGUGUAGUUUCUGGUUUUCGUGUGAGAGCAUUUUGUAAUAAAUAAUAUUUGAAGAAGAUAAUCAAGAGCAGCAGCAGAGUGCAAAUACUGUGCAAAUGAGAAGGAAGAGUUGGAUGGAGGAAAAUAUUCGAGCAAUAGGUAUUCGAUGUUCCCCUUGAAUAUUGACCAGCGCGCGUUGCAGCAGACGCAUUUACACACACCAAUACCAUAACAAGAAUUCUGGGUCUGGGGUGUAGUGAAGUGAAGUGGCUCGGAAAGAGCAAAACAAAAAAAUGAAUUAUGAGUAAUUUAAAAUCCUUCAGUGUUUCGCGGAUCCUUCCCCUCGUGGAAAUCGCAGAUCUCGCGAUAAGUAUUAAUUGUGGUUUUUGUUGUUGCUACUGAAUGAGCAUUAUAAAAUCAGAAAAAAAGUAAAACGAUGCAAAACGAUCGACGGCCGUUAGAUAUUGUGCAUGGGGAAUAGUUUUUUGUUUGUUUGCAGUAAUGAAAGUGUGUGUUUUAUUUCCCGUAUGCAUAAUUCCGAAGUACUGUCUGUACUCGGCCAAAUCCAGCGAGCGAAUCGUAUAAUUAUUCCCAGUAACAGCACCGACCGAUCAGAUCAGCGAGCACGAUAAGUGCGCGAAUUGCUGUACACCAUCACCAGUACAGCUAUUAGGGGAGCAGCAGGAGAUCCAAUUUCUCCUCGUGGGUCUACGGCUAGAGCAGCGGUGGCCAUGGACGGCGUACGGGCGUUGGACAUUCUGCCACUGCUGCAGGAACGCUUCGCGCUGCUCUCCGGUGGCCGGGACAACCGAGGUGGACCGAUCAUUUGUUUCCCGGCCACCACCAAGCGGGAACGAGUCAAACCCGAGGACAUCAAGCGAGUAGUGACCUAUUUCAUUGGCAUACCGGGCGAUGACUGUAAAAAGCAUGGUUUCACCAUCAUCAUCGACAUGCGCGGCAACAGCAACACUGCAGCCAGCGCCAAAAUGAUCCUUAAAGUGCUACAGGAAAACUUCGGCUCGGACAUAAUCCACCAGGCCGUCAUUAUCAAGCCGGACAACUUCUGGCAGAAGCAGCGCUCGUCGAUUGCCAGCAGCAAGUACAAGUUUGAGACGACGACGAUUUCGAUUCAGUCGCUGAACAAGGUGGUGGAACCGUCGAACCUUACAUCGGACUUUGACGGUUUCCUGUAUUAUGAUCACAACAUGUGGAUGGACCUGCGGGUCGCCUUCGAAGAUUUCCUCUGGCAGGCGAGUGAUAUCCUCGAUCGGAUUGAUGAUUUGCAGGAGGAUCUGCAACAUUCGGACUUCCCAGAGGAUGCCAACAGUGUCAACUAUAGUAGCGAAAAUCACAACGAAAUGAGACGCAAGAUUUUGAAACUGCCUAUCGAAGAUCUGGAUCUGCUAGGACAAAAGUUGCUGGGCAAAUUCACCUCGUACUCAAAUCGGAACGACGAAAGCUGCCAUUCAACGGCAUCACCUUCAAAGUGUCACAAUCCGGAUAUUUCCUCGGCGCUGAAUCAGGUGCUUCAACAGUUGGAAACCGUUCGGAAUGCUCAGCAGCAACUACUUAACAUGUGGCAGCACAGGAAAACCACACUGGACCAGUGUUUUCAGCUGCGACUUUUUGAGCAAGAUUGUGAGAGGAUGUUCAACUGGUUUCUACACAACCGGGACGUGUUUCAGCAGACCUACAUCGAGAUUGGUCACAACCACAAGCAGGCCAACAAAGUGCAGGAGGAUCAUCAGGAACGGUUCGUGAUGCCUUCGCGAAACGUUCCAGACAAUACCAGUCGAAUAUUGGUGGUCGCUGGUAAACUGAUCGAGAGUAAUCAUUAUGCUGCUCAGCACAUCCGAACGCUAGCGACGAGAUUAGACAAAACCUGUAAGGAUUUUAUGACUAUGCUGGACGAACGAACCUCUGUGCUGUCUCUUUCGGUGGUUUUUCAUCACAAGGCCGAACAGUACACGGAAAGUGUCAGCAGCUGGGCUGCAGCAUGUGAGGCGAUCAUUCCAACGCCUACCAGUGUUGAAAGCUUGGAGACGGCGAUUCGAACACAUCAGUCACUUUACGAGGCGAUGUGUCAGGCCUACACGGAGGUUCAUUCUACUAGUAAAAAGUUACUGUACCAGCUCGAUCAUCUUGUACAAGUUUGCAACCAGCCGCCGGCUGUCAACACACGGAGAAAUGACAACACUCACUUCAAUGGUGGCAAUCCGGCGGCUGACUAUAGUAGAGGUGCAUCCCACGUGCUAACCGUUAUUCAUCAGAUACUCGGACAUCACCAACAGUUGGAAAUCAAGUGGCACGCAGGCAAGCUGCGAUUGCAUCAGAAACUCGCCUUACGAUUGUUCCAGGAGGACGUUAAACAGGUUCUCGAUUGGCUGCAGAAUCAUGGCGAUGUAUUUUUGCGGAAAAAUCGAGGCAUUGGGAAAAGUUUGCAGAAAGCCCGGAUAUACCAGACAAGUCAUGAGCACUUUGAAAAUGUGGCGCAAAACACCUAUCGCAAUGCGGAAAAGUUGUUAGCUGCAGCCAAAGAACUAGCAAGAUCUGGAGAAGUAGCUCCACAGGAGAUUUAUUCAGUAGUAAGAGAGUUAGAAACCAACGUGGCUUCAUUUGCCGAACGAGUUGAGCAAAGACGAAGGCGGCUUGAUUUAGCAGUACUGUUCUACACGAACGAGAAGAAAAUCUCUGCCUGGUUGGAACAAUUGCAUGCGGAAAUGUCCAAUGAAGAAUCGAUGGAGCUAGCCAAUGAGCACCUAGAUGGUACGGAACGAAUGCUGGAGCAGUGUAAGGAGCAGGAGGAAAAUACUCUCAAAACAUGCAUCCAAGCUAUUGCUCAGGGUGAGGCACUGUUGCAGGAGCUGGGAGCUAUAGAAGAGGAAGAUUCUGCGGGAUCGCUCACAGCAGUUCAAAACGCCUUGGAGCGAAUUCAAAAAAAUCGUCUAGAUCUGGAGAAUCUCUGGCAGGCUCGUAAGAUGAAAAUUGAUAUGUACCUACGACUUCGGAUGUUUGAACGAGAUGCGUUAGAGGUCUGCUCUCAGCUUGAAAUGUGGGCGGAAGAGCUACAGCACACAGAUGUAUCAUGUGAUUUUCAAAAAACCGAACAGGUGCUGCGGUUGCACAAUGAAUCUGUUAGUCAAAUGCAAACCACAACAUAUCAGAUGAUCAAUACCGGCCAAGAACUGAUGCAACUUUUUGAGUCAUCUGGCGUUCUGCUGAUGGCCGAUCCACAUACAUCUGCACAGACUAGGGUACAGUAUUUGUUGGAAUUUUUGCACGAUCGCGAGCUUGACCUCGAGGAUUUAGCGGAAGCGAAACGAAUUAAGCUGGAGCAAUCGAUGCAACUGUGUCACUUUCAGAACGAUGCGAAUCAAGUGAUUUCCUGGAUUCGCAACGGGGAGGCAAUGUUACUGGCGAACUUUUCCAUUCCUAACAGCUACCAGGAAGCGGAACAACUGCGGAAGCAGCACGAACAGUUUCAGGUUGCAAUCGAACGCACCCACACUUCUGCCGUGCAAGUAAAAUAUCGCGCCGAUGCCCUGAUGAAUGCCAACCAUUACGAUCCGCAAAGCAUUAAGGAUAUUGCGGAUGAGGUCACGAAAAAGUGGCAAAAGCUAGUCACCUGCGCAGAGGAACGCCACAAACUUGUGACGGCUUCGUUGAACUUUUUCAAAACGGCCGAGCAGGUCUGCAGCGUUUUGGAUAGCUUGGAGAAGGAAUACCGUCGGGAGGAAGACUGGUGCGGAGGGGGUGGAUCGACCGACAAGGGCCAACAAAUAGUGCAACUGAUUUCGAAACACCAGGAACAGAAGGAAGCUUUUCUAAAGGCAUGCACACUAGCGCGAAGAACAGCGGAAACUUUUCUGAAAUAUGCGGCACGAUCGUUGCAGUUCUAUCAUAUAAAGACCACUGUCAAUAGCGAAUCUCGUGUGAAGGCAAUACUGGAUAAACUGCUUACGCAGGAAACGCAAGUGCUCGAAUAUUGGACUCAACGAAAGAAGCGGCUAGAUCAGUGCCAGCAGUUUGUUUUGUUUGAACGAUCUGCAAAGCAGGCGAUCGAAUGGAUUCAUGAUACAGGAGAGGCAUAUCUGUCAUCAAGAAAUAAUAAAUUGUGUAGUAGUCGUGAAGAGACUGAGGUGCUCCUUAGAGAGCACAAUGAGUUCAAAGGGACGGCGAAGGAAACGCGAGAACGAGUUAAAUUGCUGAUUCAGCUAGCUGACUCCCUGGUGGAGAAGGGCCAUGCGCACGCUAGUUCCAUUAAACAAUGGGUAGCAACAGUGGACAACCGAUAUAAGGACUUUAGUAGUCGGAUGGAGCUCUACAGGACUAAUCUGGAGAAAUCAUUGGGCCUACCUGGUAUACAGCAACAAGAUGACAAUAAUAGUAUUAGUAGUAUUAAUAGUAGCAACAGUAGCCUAAACUGUAAGUCCAUUUCCUCCUCGAUGACGUCCGUUUCGACGGCGUCCACCAGUGGCAUUUCGUCCGCUUCAUCCACAACGGCCAAUGCUUCCGUGCUUGAAUAUCGGCACUCAGAUCCAUCGUUGGAAACAAAACUCAAUGCUGCCGCAGCCGUUGCUGGAUCGGUUGGCGUACCCAAGGAAAUGAACGAGGAGAAGCGAAAGUCUGCUCGCAAAAAAGAGUUUAUCAUGGCGGAACUAUUACAAACUGAACGGACCUAUGUAAAAGAUCUCGAAACCUGCAUCAAUGUCUUUGUAAGCGAACUGAAAAGUGGCAUUGGUGUACCGCCUAACCUCGUGGGUAAGGAACACAUCCUGUUCAGCAACAUCGAAGAUAUUUACCAAUUCCACGAAAAGAUAUUUCUUAAAGAAUUGGAGAAGUAUGAAACCAUGCCCGAAGAUGUGGGACACUGCUUCGUGACGUGGGCGGCUAAAUUCGACAUGUAUGUUUACUACUGUCAGAACAAACCACAAUCCAACGACUACAUGGUUCAGUUCGGUGGAACCUAUUUCGAAGAAGUGCAACGAAAACACAAACUCGAACACUCGCUGCCAGCUUUCCUGAUCAAGCCGGUGCAACGAAUCACCAAAUAUCAGCUUCUUCUGAAAGAUCUCCAAUCGUGCUGUGACGAAGGGCAAGGUGAAAUCAAGGAUGGUCUGGAGGUGAUGCUGAAUGUGCCGAAGAAAGCAAACGACGUCAUGCAUCUGUCGCUGCUUGAGGGCUGUGAUAUUCCGAUAGACAACCUUGGUGAUGUGGUCCUGCAGGAUUCCUUCCUGGUUUGGGACAACAAGCAGAUAUUGAUUAAGAAAGGGCGCGAGAGACACGUGUUCUUGUUUGAGCUGUACAUUCUGUUUUCCAAGGAGGUCAAGGACACCAGCGGAACAGUAAAGUACAUCUACAAAAGCAAGCUGCUAACAUCUGAUUUUGGUGUAACCGAACAUAUCGAGGGCGACGAGUGUAAGUUUGCCAUCUGGACUGGUCGUGCCCCCAUGCUGUCCGACUACCGGAUCGUGCUGAAAGCAAACAGUCUCGAGACUAAGCAAAUGUGGGUGAAACGUUUGCGUGAAGUGAUACAGGAGACAUACUUCUCGGGCACUUCGUUUUCACUCCUUAAAUCGCCAGCGAAGGUGGGUAGCAAGCAGCUUGGUCAGCGCCUAUCGAAGGAUAUCGAUGACACGCUGAACGAGAACGACCAGGACGGAAGUUCUUUGGCGAGCUUCGGUUCUGGAAAUACCACCGAUAGUGAAAAGGGUGGCUUAACGGAGGUGACGUGGGUGAUAGCGGAUCAUGUCGCCACCCAAGGUACCUCGGAGCUGACUGUAACUAAGGGUGCCCAGGUGGAGAUCGUCGACAUGAACUGCUCCGGGGCGCCGGAGUUCUGUCUGGUACGUUUACCGAUCAACUCGACCGACAGCCAGGAAGGCCUGGUGCCCGUGACGGUACUGAAACCGUUGCCUUCGUCCCACAGUAAGCUGAACAACAAACAGCGCGACGCUGACGCACUGGGAGAAGUUCCACAAGAGAACGAUUGCAUUUUACCUAAUCAGCACACAUCACCAGUCAACAAACGAAAGGGUUUCAGUGGGAAAAAAUGGUUACCUACUCAGUUACGGAAACUGUCCCAUGGUAAAUCUGAUAAACUACCACCAGUAGAGAAGUCACUUAUUAGUAAGAAAGGCUCCGACAAAAAAGUAAAGGACAAACCACUGGAGGAGGUAGAACCAUCAACGGUUUCCGCCCAGAACGAGCUAGAGGCUGAAGAGGAACCCACAAUCGAGUUACCGCCUCCGAUGAAACCGAUUCAGGAUGCAGCCACGGCACUGACCGGAACACCAUCCUCCACUCUGUCUUCGGCAGAGGAUCAAUCCUGUACCAGUGCCAAGAUUACGAAAGCUUUAUCACUCAAAUCGCUGGAGGAACCAUCGGCGGCUGUUAACCAGACGGCCGACAUGGCGGAGAUCGAGCGAAUAGUCAAAGAAAAGGUGCAGAGCUUCCGAUAUCUGGAGAACGACUCCACAAUUAGCAGUAUUGGUGAAGGAAAUAGCAGCAGCAGUGCGGGCGGUGUUGGCACACUAGAGUGUACCGCCAUCGGGGUGCCAUUGGUGAGCAACGGGGGGAAUUGUAGUAGCGCAGGCAUGAUCGGUGGUUCGAUUCUCGUUAAACCGGCUAUUUCGCCACAGUUCUCUGAAAAUGAGAACAACGAUGAAAUCUUGGCGGAUGAGCAGGGCAUCGAGGAUAUUCUGCGGAAGCGAAUGUUCGCCCUUCGUGAACUGGUCGCCACCGAAGAAGCUUACGUGAAUGAUCUUUCGCAAAUCAUCAAUGGUUACAUUGCGGAGAUUAGGAAUCCAAAUAGUACCGUGCUAAUCCCGGACGACUUGAAGGGAGGCAAGGAACGGAUGGUGUUCGGCAACAUAGAAGCAAUUUACGAGUGGCAUCGAGACUACUUUUUGAAGUCGUUGCAAAGGUGUCUACUAAAUCCGCACGAGCUCGGACCGUUGAUUAAGCGAAGUGAGCGAAAACUGCACAUGUACGUUGUGUACUGCCAGAACAAGCCGGUGUCGGAACACAUCGUGCAGGAGCAUAUGAGUUAUUUUGAUGAAUUACGCUUAAAAUUAAAAUAUAAAUUAUGUUUAGGAGAUAUGCUCAUUAAACCUGUCCAAAGAAUAAUGAAGUACGAGUUACUGUUGAAAGAUAUCCUGAAGCAUACUCAGAGGGCCGGUCUCGCCGAGGAGAUUCCAGGAUUGAAAGAUGCAAUGCAUAUAAUGCGAGUAGUUCCUAAGGCAGCCAACGAUAUGAUGGAUGUUGGUCGAUUGCAAAAAUUUGAGGGUAAAAUUACGGCACAGGGCAAGCUACUGCUGCACGGUCCGCUUUAUUGUGUCGAAGGUGCCAGUAGUAGUGAUAAGAAUUCGUACAACACCCAAAAACCGAAGGAGCUGCAUGUGUUCCUGUUCGAACAGAACAUCAUCUUCGCGGAGAUCAUCGGCAAAAAGACGCAGUUCACUAGUCCGAGCUACAUCUACAAGGCACAUAUACAGGUCAAUAAAAUGACCCUGCAGGAUCUGUCUGACCAGACUAACGGGAAUCGGUUCUCGCUUUGCUCAAUCGAUCCACAGCGCACCAGUCUUAGCUUUAUAUGCACCGCGCCAACGAUCGAGCUGCACACCGAAUGGCUCAACACCAUACGCAACAUUCUGCAGACGCAGAAUGACUUUCUUAAAGCAAUACAAAGUCCGAUCGCCUAUCAAAAGGAACUGACGAAGGACUCAUAAGAAGAAGAAAUGUGAAUGAAAUGAAACAAACAAAACAAUAUAUGCUGCAGCGUAAUUUUAUCGGUUUAAGCGAAGCGAAAGCAUCUAUUUACAACAGUUGAAGGCGAGAAGCUCUACAAUAGGCGUUUAACGGAAACAGAGCCAGGCAAAAUGAGAUGGAACGUUAGCGUCCCGCUAACAACAAAGCCAAGAAAAGAACACGAUUCACGUCGAGGGUGAGGGAAACAAACCAAUUUUAUGAACGGAAACCAACAAAUUUUAGGUAAGGAAAUAAUUAUGGAUAAUUUGUAAUUAUUAUUAUAUAUAGCAAACGAUUAUGAUAAAUGGAUAAAGUGACAUGCAGCAGACAAAAGUAAAUUCAUUCUUUAAUGAAGAAAUUAAUGAUCAAAAUUCGAAGUAAACCGAUAACAAACGCUUACCAGGAAUGAUGGUUUGUGGCAAAUUGAACAAAUAACAAAUAACAUUUAAAUGAAUUCUACAUUACUAUAUUCGCGAAUGAUAUAUAACAAAGAACAACAAACAACAACAGUUAGAAUAUUACAGCAGUAACAAAACUAUCAAACAUGGGUAACAAAAUAUAUUUUAUUAACAUGGUUAUAUUCAAACGAUAAGGAAACGCGGAAACCAGAGCAAAGCGAACAUACUUCACUAAAAUUAUAGCACAGUAAUAUGAGAUGAGCAACGUAACCCAAAACUAUCAUAUGAUGGUCAUGGUGGCAAAAAAAACUAGCAAACAGUCGGCAGUCAAGAGAGGAGCAUAUUUUUCGAUAAUUUUGAAACCGACGCAGUCAGAUUUUUUCCUCUUACUUUAAUACGCUCUAUUCCGUUUCCGGUAAGCAGCAUACGUCAGCAACAGCAGCUAGUACGAUAACAAUAUUCUUUCCGCAACGUCCAUAAAAUGAUAGAGUAAAUCGACUGUUUAUUUCCUGUUCUACUGAGUAUUGCCUCCUGAAUUAUACACCGAGUACGCAUGGGUUGAUAGAUAUUUUUAGUUCUAGACAGGCGUCUAUUGUCGUGGCCUCUUUCUAUGCAAGAGGACGGCACGCAGGUUAGCAUUUUCUAGCCCGUAUGUAUGAGUGUGAGUGGAACAGCUGAUCUUCUGGCGUAGAGAUGUUUCGUGAGAUAUAUCCAGUAUUUGGUUUGAUUCCGGUUUAAAUUACUAAACUGUUCGUCUGUUAAUUACGUCUUCUUUGAUAAAUAAAAUGUGUUAAAAAUUUCGGAACCGUUGAGAUCUAUGAGUCAGCAGUAAUCGGACUGCAACAGUUUUAAUAUUCCGUUCCCGAUCAGGAACAAAACCUAAUCCAUUUUCAAGGUGUUCUAUGGUUAAACUGUCCACAUAGUUUGAAAUUUGUUUUUUUUUUCUAAUCCUAGAUUUGUUGGUACGUAAUUUCAUAACAAAAUAUGCAUGGCUUCCUCUAUUCUCACGAAACACCGCACAGGAGGUAGGCUAACUGUACAAAUAAGAUUUAUACAUGUUUUUCCCUCGUAGAAGUGACGUGAAACUGUACAUUAUUUGCGUUAGUCAAAACAGAAUGACAGUCCUUAAAACAAAAAAAAAACAAUUCACGCAGAGACCAACAUAGCAAAAACAAGGGUGGGGAAAUUAUAAACAUCCGCCUCAAAUGAAAGUUUCAAAUCUACUCCGGCUGUUAAAGCAAGCAAAUCCUUCUGUCGCUGUCUCCGCAAAAUUACCACCGAGAUUUCCUUUAAAAUUUCAAAAGCUUUACUUCGAUCGAGCCGUAGAUUGUUCGAUUUGUAUUCUAGUGCUGUACUACAUCAAACAGUUACUGACAUGAGUGCACUACUUUUGUACAUAUAUACCAACGGGGCCCAUUGGGCUAACAACUCCGUGUGUCCCAUCCAGAAGAACUCACUCCGUUUACACGAACAAAUCGUUUAUUCUUCUUAUCGAACUGUGAUUACACCAGAAAUCAGACGAGUGAAAAUUAGUUUCGUACUUGAUGCGAAUUUCUGCGCGGUUAUGAGUUGUGAUUAGGGAUCGAGAUCCCAAGGCGACACGUAAAAAUUAAUGGUCAGGAUAUUAGCUUUUGGUUUCGAAAUGCGUUGUUAUAUACUGAUCGAAAGUAGCAAAAGGACAAAUUGAAUACAGGAAGAUUUUGUGGAUGACGUCAGAAUGGAAGGAAAACAAUAGAGGAGAAUGUUCACAGAUAAAAAAUUCUGUAAAAAUUUGUGUGAUAAUAUUUACUAGUAAUAUGUUAUGUUUAAUUUAUGAAUUUAUCCUAAUUAUAAAUUAUGAUCACCUAACUCGCUAAGCAAAAGAAGAUAAAAUGAUAAACCGGUAAAAGAUUCUGUAAAUUAUGAAGAAUCUUCGUGCAUAUAUGAGAAAAUUAUGUGACAAGUGAAUAAAAAUGCAUGAAAGCCAAUCAAAAUA